AUGUCGUCCGAAUCGAUUGAAAUGCACCCUAUCCUUAUGCAUCCACCCAUAUACCAGUUAACCCUGACCACACGCGACCAGACCAGUUUCGCCACAAUCAUGCUAACCCCACUCCCCGAGAUGCCGCUCUAUAGAGGACGGUUCCAUUACCCGAUCAGAGAAGAGUACAUUCGCAAGCUCGCACAUUGGCGUGAGAAGCGGUAUUUCGAAGAGAUCGACUUCAUCCUUCGGUGUUGGGAAGACCCCACUCGCGGCACAUUCUACGAAGAUAUCUGCGCUGCUGAUAUUCCCCCGCUAAUGGCAAAACAGAGGUUGCGCUACAAAGACAGCCGUCAGGUUUCGCAACUGUGUGGGUGGAAGGGAAAUCGGAUGUUUACAGGACUGCGUCUUAAAGAAUGGGACGAGGAUGAGGGCCAGAGCCAGGGAGCAAGUACACAAGAAAAUCGGCAGGACGAGCCAACAAAAACCUACGAAGAGCGCCAUAAGGAGGCCGUCGAGGGCAAGCAUAAAGCGGACGACAUAGACAGUGUCGAGGCGGGACUCGGAGGGAGCUGGUCGAUGGCCAAUGAUACAAACAAAACAUCGUGUCCUCCAAGCGCAGGACUACCACCCGGUGUCACCAUGCUGGAAGCCAGGUUGUUUAUGCGAGACCGGUAUAGCAUGUGGGCACGCCCUCUCUACGAAAACGCACCGAAUAUGCAUGAGAGCCAGCGACUCCCAGAUUCUCUCAGAUGCAUAUACGACCACAGGCAAAUUGACCGGAAGAAACCUGAGUUCAGUGGCCUUAUCCCAGACUAUAUCAUUGACCGUGGCCGACGUGAGGUUGAGCGUGGCUACAUAUGGGGCAUUCCAUACCAUGCCUUCGAGACUACCAGAAGAAAAGUAGGCAAGUUCUCCGAAGACAAUAUCUACGUAGAUUCGGGCCUAGACUUGCUCCUCAACAUCGAGCAUUGGUAUCUAUCAAAAUCCGACGAGGAAGUCGGAAAGCUUGACCCUGACAAUAUCCUGACGUGGAACAUGCCAGUGGAGUAUCUGGCAAUAUUACGGUCGAGUUUUAUUGGUGGUACAUUAGACAGUUCUCAACAUCCAGGUAGUUUAGUAUAG